CCAUGUUGCUGUUGGUGCGAGUCACGUGAACAAGCAAAAAAAAAAGUCAGUGAGCCCAGUGCUCAUCAAGGAACAAUGACCGAAAAAGAAAAAUCCGCAGUUUCUCUUCUUUUUUACCCCACUUGCGACACCCCAUGUUCGUCGUUCGGACAGGUGGAACGAGCCGCUGGUCGCAAUCGGUCGCAUUACGGGCGGUGGCAUUGUCGAAGUACCUGUUCUCAUCCUAUAGAGGAAAUAAUAAAAAGUCCAACAACCUUAUCCCAUCGACUCGCUCAGAAGACAAGGCAAGACACUCUGGCGACUUUUCAUUCAUGCCCGUCGUCAAUGUCCCCAUUAGUCAACUAGCCCACAGUGCCUUUUUUUCAUUGCAUCGGCCGUUACUAGGCUUAACCUCGGACGAUCACGAUCACUUUUGGAAAUCCCAGGAACCCAACAAUACAGAAACAGUCCUAGCUGAUUACAUGCGAACAUUGCGUCCAUUUCAUCCUCCUUCAUUGGAACCUACGGGAGGCAACGUGAUGACUUGGAAUAUCGACUGGGCUUCGAUUGAUCAACAAACCGCCCUGUUCAACGAUGACGCCCCGGACUACCUCACGGCCAUUCAAGAAAAACUGGCCCAAUUCUAUAAAUUAGACGUCGGUAGCGAUACCCAUACUAGAAAAGACGUUCGACCGAAACGACGACGCAAAAUGUUGAUGAAUCUAAAGCGACGAUUUUUUGUCAAAAACUAAUGCUGUAACAUUACCACAAAGAAAAGUCAUUGAAUACGUAAUUUCCCAGGUCACUUUUUCCUUCACACCUUAUUCUCUCAUUUCCCCCUACAAAACGAAGAUAGCGAAUCUUGAAAUAUAACUCAUAUGUUAUGUUUUUUUUUUCUCAAUUGACUA